ACCCUUAGUUUCCUGUUCAGCUUUCUUCAACAUUCAAUCAACAGCAGACGUUUCCUCCAUCCCAGGUCUCAACUGCAGUCUAUAUUCUCCUUGUGUCGUCAUGAUGCGUUACUGGGGUGAGAUCCCGGGGCCUGCGGGGGCUCCUCCCAGUCGCAGUUCCUUUGACUUGCUCCAGCGUGAGUUUCGCUCCGUGGAGAUGCAGGACCCUCCCUUGCACCAGCCCUCUGCACAGCGCCCACGGCCCACCACAAUGCUUGAUAUCCCCUCUGAGCCGUGCAGCCUCACCAUCCACACAGUGCAGCUGUGCCAGCACGUUCGCCGUCUCCGAGGUCUUCUGGCAGCAGCCCAAGCCCAAUCUCAGGGUCAGAGCUCAACAUCCUCCGAGGGUGGCAGCAAGCUGGACGAGGCUGAUACCAACCUGCUGUUACGCCCUCCCACCCCACCUGUUAUGCCAGAUGACCUGCUACCUGUGGAUAGCAAAGCCCCCCGACAGCCCUUUCAGCUCCGCCACAGCGACCCUGAAAGUGACUUUUAUAAAGGUAAAGGCGAACAGGUCACAGAACUGAGUUGGCCCUCCUGUAGGCAGCUACUGUAUCAGUCUGUAGCGACCGUCCUGGCCCAUGCUGGCUUCGAAUCUGCUCAGGAAAGCGUCCUGGAGACGCUCACAGACCUGGUCCACGAGCAUUACCUGCGUCUAACCCGCCUGCUGCGGGUGGCAGUGGACAGGGAGGCUCGACUUGGAGCCAGUCCCUUCCCAGAUGUGGUGGAGCAGGUGUUCCAUGAGGUGGGAAUUGGCAGCGUCCUGGCCUUGCAGCGAUUCUGGCAAGUGAGGAUCAAGGACUAUCACAGCUACAUGCUGCAGCUCAGUAAGGAUCUAUCAGAGGAAUACGAGCGACUGGUAAAUCCAGAGAAAGCUCUUGAGGACUCCAAGUCCCCGAAGAUCAAGGUGGAGGCCAUGAGUGACAUUCCCUUCCCUGUUAGUGAGGAGCCUGAGGCUGACUUGGCCUCCGGGGACCAGGCUUUGCCAAUGGGGGUCCUUGGUGCCAAUGCUGAGAGGCUGGCUUCAGGGCUGGAUGGAGACCAUUCUCCUCAUACCUCAGAGCCUAAUCCCCCAGGGAAUAAGGCAGGUAUGGAGAAGAUCCAGGCUCUAGACAUCCAGAGACACCCAGAGUGCAAGACUCCAGGGAAGACCAACGGAGGGGCAACCGUGCCAAUCUCCCGGAAAGAGAUGAGGAGAGUCCCAGAUGAGGGGUCACCCAGCAGCCGUGGAACAGAAGCCAGGGGGAGGUUGCAAUGA